AUGGCUUCGUCAUCAACUACUCCGGACACCUUGAUUACUCUCAAGGUUAACUUCGAUGGCGUGACUCGACGUUUCAAGCUUCCCCUUCGGGAACUCGUCGUAAACAGUCUAGAGGCUAAGCUUCGAACCUACUUGACGAUUCCUGCUGAGACGACCGCUACGUUCGAGCGAUAUUCAGAUUCUGCGGCAUCCUUUGUAUUCCUGCACCCGGCCAACACCUCUGCCUACAAGCAACUUUAUCGGGCUGCUAAGGCUAAGCAAAAGUUAAAGUUGCGAGUUAUUACUCAUCGUGAGCCAGAACCUGAAUCGGAACCUGAGCCAACGUCAGAACCGGUAUCCACACUCGCACCCUCGCCUGAACCCGAAUCUGAUACCAAGCCCGUCGAGGAUAAGGCACCUAAGCCCGUCACUAUUGAAGAUGUCCCCGAAGUUGAACCAAAAGAAGCCAUUGAGCCUACCACCGAAACUACGCCUGCUCCAGAGUCUUCAACGCAGGAGUCAACAACUGGCACGGCUGCGUCCGGAAUCCUGGAUACAAUUCCUGUCUCCGAAAUCCACUCGAAUCUACCUAACUUCAUUCAACUAUGGCGGGCAUAUGGUAUGCCCAGAAUCAAUCUACGACGAGGUGCCGAGGGCGAGGAGGUAGUCGACCUCAUUGGCUCCACUUCAGGCGAGCCUUUGGUGAAGUCUGAGUUCAAUGACGGACUCUCUCUGAACCCGGAGACUAUGACCCAAUGCCCCUUUGCAUCCAACAAGGCGCAGAAACUAGCCCAGCUGUCUAAGCUGGAGAAAUAUUUCCGCAAGGCCAAGGAAAGUGAAUCUGCGAAUGAUGUUAUAGCUGCCCCCGAGGUUGAAGAGGAGAUGAACAAGAACGAGACACCUAUCAUCCCUAGUUGCUUGCGAAGACCAUUUACUGUCUGCUGCAACAGUUGUGAUCGGGCUGUACCUGACGCGCACUUCCACUGUUCAACGUGCGACGACGGCGACUUUGACCUUUGUCAAGACUGUGUUGAUCAAGGCAUUACAUGCUACGGCGAGGGCCACUGGCUGAUUAGGAGGACUAUUAAGGACGGCCAGAUCAACUACAGCACAACUCAAGUUGUUCCUAAGCCGCCCAAAUCUCCAACGAACAAAGAGGUUCAAACUCCUUCGGUGAGUCUCCCUAUCAGAACUGCCGAUUUUCCGAUUGUUCUGGGAGCUGUUACGGUUGGCACUCCCAUCAACGAGCGAACAUGCAACUGUUGUGUCCAGGAUUUUCCCGGCUACAAUUUCUUGCACUGCACUACAUGUGACGACUACGACCUUUGCAAAGGGUGCUUCCAAAAGGACAAGCAUGGCCAUCACCCGGGCCAUGGAUUCGUUCCUGUUGUUCCUGGUGCAACCUUGGACCAUUCGAUUUCUUCUCGCUUGGCUCCUGGCAGAAAUGCUGCACACAAUGCCAUCUGUGAUGGUUGCGACCAGUAUAUCCGAGGCGUUCGACACAAGUGCCUCGACUGCCCUGAUUGGGACUACUGUUCCGAGUGCGCCAAAAAUGCUGAUUUUGUCCACCCAAAUCACCGGUUUGUGGCUAUUUACGAUCCUCUAGUUGACCGAACAGUCCGAUCAGCAGCUCGCUCAACGCAUCAUGGUAUCUGCUGUGAUGGCCCAUUGUGCACAGCAUCCCGUUGUGGUUCAAAGUACAUUGUCGGAACUCGUUACAAGUGUGCCGUCUGUCAUGAUACAGACUUCUGCGCCAAUUGUGAGGCUUGCCCCACAAACACACAUAACAAAACGCACCCUCUCAUCAAGUUCAAGACGCCCGUACGCCAUGUCAGUGUUACCACUACCGGCGAGCACGAAGAUGGACAGCGUCUUCCCCAGAUGGGUGACCGGGCUAGCCAAAGCUCGGUAACGCUCUCAACUCCCUCGGCACACGAAAAUAUUUUUGCCACACCCGUACAAACUGUAGUCGAUGUGGAGCCUACGGAGCAAGACCUACCAAAGCCGAAGCAGGAGGAAGUUGUGGUCAAAAAGGAAGAAGUGGAAAUUGACGUGGUGGCUUCGGCUGAGAAGCAAGUCACUCCGGCAGGGCUUGUUGCCGUCUUUUUGCGCGAUACUGUUGCCGAUGGAACUGUUUUCCCUCCCAACCACACCUUCGAGCAAGUCUGGGUCCUCCGGAAUCUAGGCAAUACCCCUUGGCCGGCUGGUUGUUCUGUAAAGUUUGUUGGUGGUGAUUACAUGGGAGCCGUCGAUCCUACUCACCCCGCUGGAGUUCACGAGCUAGUUUCGGCUUCCGAGUCUACCACAUGCUAUAACGAGCUCCAGCCUGGCCAGGAAUUCCCAUUCACUGUUCUGAUGCGUACCCCUGACCGAGAUGGUAAAGUGAUCUCGUAUUGGCGACUGACAACUCCGGAUGGUGUCAAAUUUGGCCACAAACUCUGGUGUGACGUAACCGUGCAGACCCCGGUACCCAAGAUUGUCAAGGUGCAAUCUCGACGCGAGCGUGAGGAACUUGACAUUCCAGCGGCUACCCCUGAGAUGACGGAAAGCCAAAUGAUCAUCCCCAAGUUGGUACAUGAAUCUCCUUCGUCUAGCAUGCUUGGAGGAAAUGCUCGUUCGGAGGUGGAGGCAAAGACUGAGGCGGACACACUCGUGCCAUCAGUCCGUGAUGAGCAAGAGGAGGAUGAUGAUGACUUUGAGGACUGUGGCGAAGAUGACGAGUGGGCUGAGUCCGAUGAGGGUUUCAUGACGGAUGAGGAGUACGAUAUUCUGGAUGCCUCGGACGAGGAAUAUCUCUCAGCGCAGCAAAAAUUCCCAAGCAAGAAAUAGGGGCUUGGUGCCCAAGUUAAGGGGGCCAGGAUUAAUGGCGUGCCCAGGUACGAUAGUUUGCCUACGGAGGUGUAUGCUUGGCACAGAGCAGGUCUAUUCUAGUGUGCUGCUUGGUUUCGGGUUUUCGUCUGCGAGGCUAGGUGGAUCGGGAGUCUAUUCAUUGAUGAUUUAAUUUCCUUUCGUAUGGAGGUCUUUG